CCCCCCCCCCCCCCCUCCUCCCUCCAACUACAUAUAAGCUCACUCUUCCCUCCUCCGAAGUCCAAAGCAAUUCAAACACUAUAUAUCCUUUGAAAUCAACUGUUCUAAAAGAAGAGAUUAUAUAAGUUUCAACCAUCUUUUUUCCUCUUUUAUUUUCCAUUUUUGUUCUUUUUUAACUUCUCCUCCACCUCAAUUAAUGAAGCCCACUUCGAGCUCCGUCAAUGGCUUCUACUCCUCCCUCGCCCACGCGGUCGACGACCUCGAGCGGUCCUUCGCCGCGUGCGACGGGCUCAUGACCCUCCAAUUCCUCCACAAGGCGGUGUCGCUCCUCCGCUCCUCGCACCUCCACCUCACGCAGCUCGUGCAGCGCCUACACCUCCCCGCGGGGGAGAAGUGGCUCGACGAGUACAUGGACGAGAGCUCGCACGUGUGGGAGGCCUGCCACGUGCUCAAGGCCGGGGUCUCCCGCAUGGAGAACUACCACUCCGCCGUCGCCAACCUCGUCUCCUUGCUCGACGACGCCCACCGCAGCCCAGGCUCCUCCAAUCCUCAGCUUCUCCGCCAAAUUAUGCGGGCGAUCUCCGUUAUCCGAAGAGACGCAGUGGGAAUAGAAGAAGAAAACAGAGUACUGGUCGAGACGAGGAUCGAAGCAUUGUCUCUUCGAUUAGACGAGAAGGUCCCGAGCGAAUCGAAGCUGAAUGGGUUCAACGGAUUCAGGGGAGUGCUGUACGCAAUGAGGAAGGUGAGCUCCUUCCUCCUCCUACUCCUCUUCUGGGGCUUCCUCUCUUGGUGGCCCGAGUCGAGCUCUUAUCAAACGGAGGCCGUCGAGGGCUCCCUCUUCUUCGGCUCCGGAUUCAUGGUUUCGAUGCGGAGACUGCAGCAGAGAGUUGUGCAGGAGGUCGAGAGGACAGAGGGGAGAAGGGGAGUGCUCAUGCAUGAGUUUAGGAGUGUGAGGGGUGUCGUAGAGGAGGUUAAGGAGGAGGUGGAGAGGAGUGGGGGUUGUGAGGGGGAGAGACUAGGGGGGAUUAAGGAGAUGGUGGAGAGGUUGAGGGUGUGGGUUGGGGUGUUGAGGUCGGGAACAGAGAGUUUCAUUGGGCAGCUUGAUGACUUCUUUGAUGAGAUUGUGGAAGGGAGGAAGAAGCUCUUGGAUAUAUGCAGUAAUAGGUAGAGAGAGAGAGAGAGAGAGAGAGAGAGAGAAACAGAGAGAUGAGAGCUCUGGGGAAGCAAAUCUAUCUACUGUAAAAACUUUUGGAACAACAAGAGGCAACCUUAUGUUAUUCUCAAAUAAAAUGGCUUUUUUUACCA